CCAAUGUCCAACAAGCCAACCGAAUGAGAGACUGGUGAAAUGCUAUAUUUAGGCGUCGAUCACCAAUCACUGGCACUGACUACUCGAACAACAUCCAAUGACCAAAAUCCGCAGCUGCUGGAGAAACAUUUCCAGAAAAAGGAAUGUCAAACACUGGCAAAACCUAAAUCAAAAUUACGAACGAAGAGCACAUUUCUUCCCAAUUCCGAUGACAACUACCACACGAAGAUCCCAUUGCCCCUUUGUCUCCAUGAAUCUACGCACCGAGUUCAAGCUUCUAUGAGGCUAUUCAAA